GCUCCGGCCCCCCGCGGCAGUUGGUACAGCCCGGGAUCGCCCGGCAGCAGCGCAGGAGUCGUCGCAGCCCGCGGCCUCCCCCCGCGCUGGCCCAGUGGUAGCGGCCGCGAUCGCUCCUAUUCUCCAGCGCCGCUGCUCCCCCAGUCGGAGCUCGCUGCCGCCGCCGUCCCUAGGCGCCGCGUCUCUCCGAUAGUGUAUGAGUGAUUUAUAACCCUGCGCCCACCAUGUCCACUCCGGCCCGUAGGCGCCUCAUGCGGGACUUCAAGAGGCUGCAGGAGGAUCCCCCGGCCGGCGUGAGCGGGGCCCCCUCCGAAAACAACAUCAUGGUGUGGAACGCCGUUAUCUUCGGGCCCGAGGGGACCCCCUUCGAGGACGGAACUUUCAAACUUACAAUAGAAUUCACAGAAGAAUAUCCAAAUAAGCCACCUACUGUUAGAUUUGUCUCUAAAAUGUUUCAUCCAAAUGUCUAUGCAGAUGGUAGUAUAUGUCUGGAUAUUCUUCAGAAUCGUUGGAGUCCUACUUAUGAUGUCUCCUCCAUCUUAACAUCCAUACAGUCUCUAUUGGAUGAGCCAAAUCCUAACAGUCCAGCAAACAGCCAGGCAGCUCAACUAUACCAAGAGAAUAAGCGGGAAUACGAAAAACGGGUUUCUGCAAUAGUAGAACAGAGUUGGCGUGAUUGUUGACCCAGGAUGAUGCAAAUGAACACUCUGGUGAUGAGGAAAAUCAUAUAUGAAGUGUCUGAGUCAUCUUCCUCCUCCUAGCAUCACUGCAUUUACUUUGAAAGCAGAAUAGCUGUUGUGCUGUUGCCACCCUCCCUUGCUGAAGCUUCUUUUCCUUGGACAUCAGAAAGCACCCACUUUGAAGUCAAAUGUACUGUACUUGGGUUACUUGCAAAAGAAUUACUGAUGCUGAAUUCAUUUCUGUGGUCCCUCUCCAGUCUUAGGGCAGUAUUGUGCAUUUCUGUAGUGUACACUAAGCUUUUAAGUGUAAUUGUGUUAUACACAGUGAUGCUUAUGUGUAGCUUGACAAAAGGGAUGUUUAUAUACAUACUUUUUUUAACUGAUAUUACUAAAGUGCUGAUCUGUCCAGGCUGGUCAUUUACCUCUACUAUUGGUUUAGACCCCACUGCAUUUGUAAGUAGUGAGUAAAGAAACACCUUCUUGUUUCCCAUCUAUACUGGUUUAUCAACUCCUUACCCAUGGAAACUUCUUAAACUCCAAAAUUGAUUCCAGUUCAACUGAGCAGUAAGACCAUGGGAUGCUAGUCACUUCUGCACUUAGCGUGCAAGAUUUAUGUAUAGCUAUACAUAAAUCACUACAGUUAUGGUACUUUGAUCUUUGCUUAGGGUGAGAAACAACCCCCCCCCCCUUUUUUUUUUUUAAUUUUAAUUAGCAUGUUAAAGCACAUGCCCAUAGAGAUUGCUUCAGGAAGUUUCUAUAGUCCUGUCACUGAGGCAUUACAGGUCAAAACCAGGUAGAACUGUGGUACUCUGAGUAAAAGACCUUCCAAAUUAAGGAAGAAGUAAAACCUAAAGUGUUCCAAAGAUGGAAUAACUUUUGGUGUCUUUCUCCCUCCCUCCCCUUAUCUUUAUCUGCAAAAGAUAAGUUUGUUGGGAUCCAACUUUGCUUCUUGGAAGUCUGAAUAAAAAAGUAUGGGGUAGGCACUAGAGUCUCUGCAGUUCCUGCUCUUUGUAGAUUACUCUGUGGUUUGUGUGAGCUACUGCUGCAUGCUUCAGUUAUUUUCCUUCAAUUUUAUGAAAGUAUUUUUUCAGCCCUGAAAAAAAACAUUUGUAAGUCCAGACUCACUUUUUUUGUAAGGCUAAGUUUGUACAUUUGGAUACAGUACCUUAAGCAGCAACAGCGUGGGAUGAGACCUACAAUUGUAUUGUCCACUGUUCCAGUGUCUUGUGUGCACAUUGGUCUGUUAGUUGAGAAGUAUAACUUUGCACAAGUAACCCAUGUAAGAAACUGUACAUUUUUCAAAACUUGUAAAUAAAGUGUAACCUUAAAUGCUUAUUGUAUAAAUAGGCAAGAGAUGUAUAA